AUGCCGCACUAUGCGAAGUUUCUCAAGGAGAUCAUCACCAACAAGCGGAGUUGGGAUGCAGAGGGACCAAUACCAAUGACAGAAAACUGCAGCUCAAUCAUAUUGAGCAACCUACCGACUAAGCUCAAGGAUCCAUGGAGUUUCACUAUCCCUUGUACUAUGGUACAGGCUACACCGAUGAUGCUGCAGCUAACGGAUCACUCUCUAAAAAAUCGAAAUGGGAUUGUGGAAGACGUCUUAGUUAAGGUCAACAAAUUCAUAUUCCCUGUGGAUUUUGUUGUCCUUGACUACGCAUCAGACAAGGAGUGCCCGAUGAUAUUGGGGCGACCAUUCAUGAACACUGGCAGAGCUCUUAUUAAUGUUCAUGAUGGCAAGCUGACUCUGAGGAUCGGGGAUGAAAGCGUCGAGUUUGACAUGAGGAAGUUCUUACGCCAUCCAAAUUCCGGAGGAGAAUGUAUGCGGGUAGACGUGGUGGAUGAGUUAGUAGAAGAGCAACUAGUUGUGAACAAAGCCAUCAUGCAUUCUAUGCCGAGUAAAGAGGAAGAUGCUGAAGAGGAGGAGUACAUAGAGGAACCAGUCCUUGAACCAUUGUUAAAGAGCAAGCACAUUACUCCUCCCUCUUCGGAGAAGCCACCAAAAGUGGAACUCAAGACCUUCCCUGCACAUUUGCGAUAUGCUUUCUUGGGAGCUGAUAGCACUUUACAUCAUCAGCAACAAGCUCACCAAGAAGCAAGAGUAGAGGGUCAUUGA